CAUUCAUCAAUCCCCUCUAUCUCCAUCUUCCAUCCACCGCUACCAUCACCGGGGCGGCACCACCGCUGUUUUCCGCCAAUGGCUAACACAAACACAACCAUUAUGGCCACUGCUAUCUUGGUGGCGCUGGUUUUCACCGCGGUUCCAUGCUUGGCGGCGCAAUCACCAAGGGGAUCACCGAUGAUGUCGCCAACGUCGCCGACGACGAUGGGACCUGCGCCUGAUUGUAUGACGGCAUUGUAUAAUGUUUCUGAUUGUUUGAGUUUUGUUCAGGUUGGGAGUAAUAUGACUGCUCCGGACAAAGCUUGUUGUCCGGAGUUUGCAGGGUUGCUAGAAAGCAACCCUAUCUGUUUGUGUGAUUUGAUUGGAAGCUCUGAGAGCUUUGGGGUAGAUCUUAGUAGGGCUCUUAUGCUUCCUGAUGCUUGUAAAUUGGAAACUCCUUCUAUUAGUUCUUGCCCAGCUACUCCAACAUCAGCUCCAGAACCUAGCCCAACAGGUGAAGCACCUGGAUCAACAGCAGCGGGUGCCGUGCCAAACGGAGGAGCAGCCCCAGGCCCUGUCGGAUCUGGAACCGGUGGUAGCAAUGGAGCUUCGAGCACUACAGUUCAUGAUCUUUCGACUUUCGUUUGCUUGGCGGUUGCUAUUUUCAUAGCAUACUACUUUUAAUUUUUAUUCAUUUCGCUUUACGACAUGGAACUCAUCGUUCACAUUUUUUGUAUUUUUAUUAUAAUAUUAUAUGUAACUUUAACUCAUACAUUUGAUCAAUGCUUGAAUGUAAUCAAUAAUAUG